GUCGGUCCCCGGGCGCUUGCUCGCUCGCUCGUUGAGCGGGCGAGCUGGCGCGAUGUCGGGGGAGGAUGGACCGGCAUCUGGCCCGGGGACGACGACCACCACGACGACGGCUGCGGCGGCGGCCCGCGAACGGAGGCAGGAACAACUACGACAGUGGGGGGCGCGGGCGGGCGCCGAGCCGGGCCCCGGGGAGCGGCGCGUCCGCACCGUCCGCUUCGAACGCGCCGCCGAGUUCCUGGCGGCCUGUGCCGGUGGAGACCUGGACGAGGCGCGCCUGAUGCUGCGCGCCGCCGAGCCCGAGCCCAGCGACCCCGGCGCCCCGCCGCCCGCCCGCGCCGUGCUCGACUCCACCAACGCCGACGGCAUCAGCGCCCUGCACCAGGCCUGCAUUGACGAGAACCUAGAAGUGGUGCGUUUCCUGGUGGAGCAGGGUGCCACUGUGAACCAGGCCGACAACGAGGGAUGGACGCCCCUGCAUGUGGCUGCCUCCUGUGGAUACCUGGACAUCGCCAGGUACCUCCUGAGCCAUGGGGCCAACAUCGCUGCUGUCAACAGUGACGGGGACCUGCCCCUGGACCUGGCUGAGUCAGACACCAUGGAGGGGCUGCUGAAGGCAGAGAUCGCCCGCCGAGGCGUGGAUGUGGAGGCAGCCAAGCGGGCUGAGGAGGAACUGCUGCUUCAUGACACAAGGUGCUGGCUGAAUGGGGGUGCUAUGCCAGAGGCCCGGCACCCCCGCACAGGGGCCUCUGCCCUGCACGUGGCUGCCGCCAAGGGCUACAUCGAGGUGAUGAGGCUGCUCCUCCAGGCUGGCUAUGACCCUGAACUCCGGGAUGGAGAUGGCUGGACACCCCUGCACGCAGCUGCCCACUGGGGUGUGGAGGAUGCCUGCCGCCUGCUGGCCGAGCAUGGCGGGGGCAUGGACUCGCUGACCCAUGCGGGGCAGCGUCCCUGUGACCUGGCUGAUGAGGAGGUGCUGAGCCUUCUGGAGGAACUGGCCCAGAAGCAGGAGGACCUUCGGAACCAAAAGGAAGCUUCCCAGCACAAAGGCCAGGAGCCCCAGGCGCCCUCAAGCAGCAAGCACAGACGGAGCUCUGUGUGCCGCCUGAGCAGCCGAGAGAAGAUCUCCCUGCAGGAUCUAUCCAAGGAGCGCCGGCCUGGUGGGGCUGGGGGUCCCCCUAUUCGAGAUGAGGACGAGGGAGAGGAAGUCCCUACAGAACCCUCCCCCACAGAACCAAAAGCCCUCAAUGGAGUGUCUUCCCCAUUGUCACCCAGCCCCAGGAGUCCUCUGUUGCCAGAAGAGGCCCCCUUCUCCAGGCGCUUUGGCCUCCAGAAGACAGGGAGCUCUGGAGCCCUGGGACCCUCUGAAAGGAGGAGCACCGAGGGGGCCUCUGGGGCUGGCCUGCAGCGCUCCGCCUCCUCCUCCCGCCUUGAAGGGGCUUCCACACAGGCCAGGGAGCCCCAUCUUGCCAGAAUUACCCCUACCCCUGCCCGGAAGGUGCCAGAGCCCUCUACCCUGUGUGAGGGUGCCAAACCUCCUCCCUUGGAUCACUCCACUCUGUCCUCCUGGAGGGAGUCUGGAUCCCCAGUGAAGUCAAGUGUCCCUUCAGCCUCUGGAGCCGCCUCUGCAGCAGCCCAGCCCGACUCCCGGGACCGAAGGAGGUCCUACCAGAUGCCUGUGCGGGAUGAAGAGUCUGAGUCCCAGCGGAAGGCUCGCUCUCGCCUUAUGCGGCAGUCUCGGAGGUCCACACAGGGAGUGACGCUGACGGACCUGAAGGAAGCAGAGAAAGUUGCAGGGAAGGUUCCAGAGCCAGAGAAGCCAGCCCUGCCAAGCCUGCAGGACCCGGCUCGGAGGCCUCGAGUUCCUGGAGUGGAGAACUCUGAGGGUCCCGCCCAGAGAGCAGAGGCGCCCGACGGGCAGGGCCAGGUACCGCAGGCCGCCAGGGAGCACCGCAAGGCCGGCAGAGAGCGGCGGGGGCCGGCCGAGGGGGAAGAGGCGGAGCCAGGGGAGCACAGCCCCGAAUGCAGCACUCCCGACAGCGGCCCCACAACCCGUAGGCAGCGCUCGCAGAAGGACCUCAACCCAGAACCCGAGCAGGAGUCCGAAGAGCCAGAUGGAGGCUUCAGGAAGCUCUAUGGGGAGCUGCGCAAGGAGAACGAGCGGCUUCGUGAGGCCCUGACAGAGACCACCCUGCGGCUGGCUCAGCUCAAGGUGGAGCUGGAGCGGGCCACGCAGAGGCAGGAACGCUUUGCUGAGAGACCCGCCCUCCUGGAGCUGGAGAGAUUCGAGCGCAGGGCCCUGGAGCGCAAGGCGGCAGAGCUGGAGGAGGAGCUGAAGGCCUUAUCUGACCUCCGUGCCGACAACCAGAGGCUCAAGGAUGAGAAUGCCGCACUGAUCCGAGUCAUCAGCAAACUGUCCAAGUGACUGUGGAGGAGUUUCCACACCCGUAUUUAUACAGCUGCUUCUGACACACGCACCCCUUCCCCCGAGUGAACACGAGUGCCGGCUCUGGGGGAAGUCGCUAAGAAGCCAUAACUUCCUCUCGGGACCUCAGGACCAGGAGGGAAGCACAGAGUCCCCAGGAGCCAAGGGGGGCCCUCCAAGGCCAGGAAAGAGGUGGGAGGCUGAGCCAGGUAGGGGGAUGUUGUCCAGAGGGGACCAGGGCCAGAGACGGGACCAGGAAGGAAGCAAGGACCAAAAAAACUCAAGGAUCAGUGGCCAGGAACAGUGGCUGCCCUGGGGGUCCCACCUCACGUGUGAUGCCACCCAGCACCCCUUCCCCUCCCCAGCAGGGAUCCAGGAAUGUGCCAAGAGUCCCACCGGCCUCUGCCAGGUGGGCCUGUAUAUAGGGUCCAUGUGCAAUAGGGAGGAAUGUCUUCUAUUUUUUGCUGCCCCCUUCUCACCCACUGUCUGGGGAAGGGGGAGAAGGUAUUUUUGAGACAAAGCACAGGCACCACAAAUAAAAGUCGUGACAUUGCCA